AUGAAGUUCAACAAAGCCAAAUACAAUGUCCUGCACCUGGGCCAAGGCUAUCCCAAGCAUCAGUACAGACUGGGUGAUGAAUGGAUUGAGAGAAGUCCUGUAGAGAAGGACUUGGGAGUUCUGCCUGAACCUCCACUCUUACGUUUCUCUGUCUACCUGGAUCCUUCAAACAUGGUAUACCUUCGUUGGGACCAUGAUGAACAGGAGAUGAUGACUUUUGACCUGCAGGUUCACACAACUGGCUGGGUGGCGUUUGGAUUCAGCCCUCAUGGAGAGUUGCCUGGAUCUGACAUUGUGAUUGGAGGUGUCUUCCCUAAUGGCAGCAUCUACUUCUCUGAUUUUCAUGUGGUAGAUGAGGCAACCCUUGAGGAAGAUGACAGCCAGGACUACCAACUGCUGUCAGUAACAGAGAACGAGACCUCCACCACCAUGCUGUUCAAGCGCCACCUCCGGACGUGUGACUCAAAUGACCUGGAUAUCACAAUGGACACAGCACGUCUCAUUACUGCAUUUGGCACUGAUGACACAGUCCAACUCUUUAAGGGCCAAAAAUUUUCUAAAUCUCUUUUCUUGAUGAGAUACAGAAGUCCAUCCAACUCAACUGACCCUAAAAUAUUCUUCACCUAUGACCUGAGGCUGGACAACUUUGCUGUUCCCGUUGAAGAAACCAAGUAUGCCUGUACCUUUCUCCCACUGCCCAUGGUUAAGCAGAAACACCACAUCUACAAGUUUGAACCUGUAAUAACACCCCACAACAUAACUUUAGUUCAUCAUAUUCUGAUUUAUGCCUGUGGCAAUGCCAGUGUGUUACCAAGUGGCAUAGAUGAUUGCUACGGAGCCAAUCCAGAUUUUGCCCUGUGCUCCCAGGUGGUUGUGGGCUGGGCUGUUGGAGGAGAGUCUUAUCAGUUUCCAGAUGAUGCUGCAUAUUCCAUUGGGACACCUUGGGACCCUCAGUAUGUCCGACUGGAAAUCCAUUACAGCAAUUUUGACUUAGUAUCAGGCUUGAUCGACAGUUCAGGGGUACGAAUCUACUAUACACCAGAGGUACGAAAGUACGAUGUGGGGGUACUGCAAACAGGCAUCUUCACUUUCCCUGUGCAUUUCAUUCCUCCUGGAGCAGAAUCCUACAGAUCUUACGGCCUUUGCAAUUCAAGCCAGUUUGAUGAAAUGAAUGGGACACCGGUUCCAGAUCUGCACAUCUUUGCCUACUUGCUUCACACUCACCUGGCUGGCAGAGGAGUGAAGGUUACCCAGUACAGGAAUGGAAAACAGCUGGGGAUCAUCUGUGAGGACAACAAGUAUGACUUCACCUUGCAGGAGAUUCGGGACAUGAAGGAAAUCCUUGUAAUCAAACCAGGGGAUGAGAUCCUGGUCGAAUGUAACUUUCAGACACUGGAUCGGUCAGGGAUUACUUUUGCUGGGCCAAGCACCAUGAAUGAGAUGUGUCUCUCAUUCCUCUUCUACUACCCUCGUAACAACAUCUCCAGCUGUAUGGGCUACCCUGACAUUUUGUAUGUUGCGCAUGUACUCAAGCAGGAGGCCUCAGAUGCAGUGGAAGGAAUGAUGGCCAUGGACUUUGUUGACUGGAAUAACGAAACUGUCAAAACUGCAGAGAAAGCAGCCAAGGAGGCAGAUCAAAUAGUUGUGAUUAAAACCAUUAAUGAAAUCCAGAAAAGUGAGAGUGGUCUCAUCAGAGACAUUCAUAUUCCAGAGCGGGCUCUCUGUCACAAUAUUUCUGCAAAACUGACACUGUCAGAUCUGAGAGCUACUGCAAACCUUCGUUUGACCGCAGAACACAAGAUUUAUGGGCAGUAUCAAGAAAUCACAUCGCCCAACCUCUAUCUGCAACGGCAGUCAAAGGUGUACAACUACUGA